CCCACAACUCGCAAGACAUGCCGCAGUAACGGACAUGACGCUAGACCUGCAAGCCAAAGUCAUACAAUACAUUCCCAUCGGGUCCCCACAGACAUCAUCCGGGUUCCAUCCUUCUUCGUCUUUAGUCUUUUGUCAAAUUAAACCUGAAUCGCAUACUCGUCUCCCUAACUUCACUUAACCUUUGUCUCCAAAGUCUUGCGAGUUAUUUCAUAUGCUCCCUAGCUAGGGUAGUUUAACUAGAGAGCCCUCUUCGUUGGCGGCGAAGAUAUCCAAUACUCUCUCUCUCUUUUUGUUUUUUAAUCCGCGAUGGAUUCCCAUUCGCAGGAUGAUAGUAGCUCUGUUGCUCCACCCUCGCCUACAGAUUCGCGACAGCAAUCUAUUCGACGCGAUUCUAGAGAUAAUACGCUCCCUGAAAGUUACCAAUCCACAGAGACUGUGCGAAGAAGAAUAGACCAGUCCUAUGGCACUCUUCAAACACCACCGCCGCCUAUCAGCGGUGGCACUCCGUUUCUAGGAGAAUCCACAGCUCACGAGCGAGCACACUCGAGAUCCGCCACACAACAGCCCCGUUCUCCUUUAAUAGGCGCAGACCAUGGCCGGCAGCGGCCUAGAAAGCCUGCUAUGCCCCGCAGAGCCUCUUCCAAUGCCAUAGCUCCUCAUCGCGGUGAAAUCUUCUCUACGGACGACGACGUCAACGAGGUGGAAAACGAUGCUGCUGAGCGACAGCAGACUUUCUCUCCCCUUCCGGCAUAUAACAAUGAGCAGACAAGGCAGCCUUCUACCUUACGACGACGAACCAUGGCCCCGCCAGCCCUAUCCCGAGUACAUUCGAUCCGCAGCGCCGGUCCCGAAGAGGAGGACAUUGAUGAGUUACUAGAAGAGGAGGAGGAGGAGGAGAGACGCUUGUUGGCAUCACAACCACACGAGGAGGGCACGCUGCAAGAUGACACUUCUGAUUCCGGUCACAAUGAUGACGAUGAUGGUAUCAGCGAAGCUGAAAGCUUCACCUUGAAGGACCGCCAGCAGGCUAUCAACGAGACACAUCCUUUUGGUAUCAGGAUUUGGAAGCCUGCGUUAUACAAGAAAAACCGAUCGGUUCAAAAGACUGCCGAGGGUGACAUACACUCUUCUCCUGGUGGCCGGGUUAGUAGAUGGUUGCUAUUCUUCAAUCUCAUAUGGACAUUAGCCUUCGGCUGGUGGAUGGCUCUGUUUGCUGCUCUGGGCGCUAUAGCUUGCUUUAUCUUCGCGGCAGCUCCUAGCGGCGGAGAAUACGGCCGCGUGUUGUGGGGUUUAGCUGGCUAUCUCUUUUAUCCCUUUGGAAAAUUUGUGCGACUCGAGCAGGACGAAGCAUAUCUUGAUGAAGACGAGGGAGAGGGCCGAAGUAUCAGCGAGUACGAGCAAUGGCAAAGCGGCGACUUGGAAUACGGACGAUUGUUCUUUGGCCCUGAACGGAGCCGCUCUAUCAUAGGCCGAUCAAGAAGAAGCAUCGACUCUGACCCUAGCGAGACAGAUAGCCUCCUUCCCCGCUCAGGGCGUCAGGAACAUUCGAGCGACCCAGGACGACGCCUGAAGAGGCGGUUAUUUGGGCGCGGACAAUGGAAUAUUGGCCGUGUUAUCUUCUUCGUUUUCUUUUGGGGCCUCAUCACACCUUCCCUGCUUAUUGUCUCAGCCAUCUGUUGGUUCUUGGUCUUUUGGAUUCCGAUGGGUAAAGUCACAAACCUCCUCUUCGAUCACCUUAGAAGACACCCGUUAGCCUUGUCUUUCGAGUCCGAUAGCAGCAUCGCUAGGACAUCCGAUGGCCCGCACUCCUCCAUCCUACUUUGCACAUAUCGAGCAGUAGGCUAUAAAUAUUGGAAGUACACUGUCGACGGCACGAACAUAUUUUUUAUCAACCUCAUGGCCGUCGUCAUGUUUGUGAUCUUCGAUUGGCUCGUAUUGUAUUCUGUCCUGGGGCUUGAGAAUUUCCUGACAUCUCCGGGCUUUCUAUUCGUAGCCGGCUUGUUCUCUAUCAUUCCUUUGGCUUACUUUAUAGGCCAGGCUGUUGCGUCUAUAUCCGCCCAGUCCUCCAUGGGCCUUGGUGCUGCAACCAAUGCCUUCUUCUCGACGAUUGUUGAAGUCUUCCUCUACUGUGUCGCGCUUAAGGAUGGCAAAGGCCAGAUAGUCGAGGGUAGCAUCAUUGGGAGUAUAUUUGUUGGUAUUCUCUUUUUGCCCGGGUUAUCUAUGUGCUUCGGUGCUAUCAAACGCAAGACUCAGAGGUUCAACGCCAGGUCUGCGGGUGUUACGUCUACCAUGUUAAUCUUUGCCACGGUUGCUGCAUUUGGGCCAACCCUUUUCUACCAAAUAUAUGGUACACACGAACUCCGAUGCCAGAGCUGCACUGAUUUUAUAGGGUCCGAAGAACGCGAUUGCCGUCGGUGCUACUACUCACAAGUACCAGCUCUUGACGAUCGAUUUUACGUCGAAGCUGUCCGUCCCUUCUGCUAUGUCGCCGCCAUAUGUCUUUUCUUGUCAUAUGUCAUUGGUUUAUGGUUCACGCUUAGGACCCAUGCUGCUGUCAUUUGGAAUAGCGAAAUUGACGAGAAGAAACAAGAUGAAGCUCAGCAACAACAACAGCAACAGCAGCAGCAGCAUACUGCUCGUCUAUCUGAAGCACGUAAUAUCGGUGAAUCGACCAGUGCAGAUAUUCGGGACAGCAACUUAUACAAGCGUAUCCUCGUGCAGUCCUUGAAACAUGUCGGCUUGUCGAGCGGAGAAGAGAAUCGCAAUUCGCGUCACCCGUCAGAAGGAUUUCCGACAAACGGAGGCAUCCCAACACCACAUAUGGUUCCACCAAGGGGAAAUACUGAUGCCACGGACAACAUUCGUUCGAAUGUUCAUAUUCCUGGCUUUUCCGAUGCAGAAAACAGCGAACUAGUCCGCAGUGUUACCGAAGUAGCUGCAACAGCAGCCGCUAUCGCAGCCCGUGACGCUCGAGGGUCACGUCGUAUUCCUACCCAACCGUCAAAUGCCGGAGCCAGUACACCGGCAACGCGUCCUACACCUAUCCGAUCUGCUACGUUUCCCGAACCUGAUGAGGCAGGUGAACAUGACCAGGGUUCCCACGGAGGUCACGAUGCCCCGAACUGGAGUCGAACGAAGAGUUCGAUUAUUUUAAUGGGUUCCACCAUCCUUUAUGCAAUUGUCGCCGAGAUCCUAGUCGACACAGUGGACGUGGUGUUGGACAACUAUGCAAUCGAUCCGAAAUUCCUAGGUAUUACUUUGUUUGCUCUGGUACCCAAUACCACCGAAUUUUUGAAUGCUAUCUCUUUCGCCAUGAACGGAAAUAUUGCAUUGUCCAUGGAAAUUGGUUCCGCGUACGCCUUACAAGUUUGUCUUCUUCAGAUCCCGGCGUUAGUUUUCUUCUCUGCAGCCUACCCUCUUCAGCCGGUUGGCGACCAAGAUCCUACGCAUUGGAAAUUUACUCUACUGUUUCCACAGUGGGAUAUGGUGACGGUCAUCCUCUGCGUGUUCCUUCUGAGCUAUAUGUACGGCGAAGGAAAGAGCAACUAUUUCAAAGGUAGCAUUUUGAUCCUAACGUAUUUGGUGGUUAUAAUCGGCUUCUUCUUCGCUGGUUAUACGGAUAGUCAGAUGGGCGAGAUGGGCGGAAGCCGAUUCGACACUCUUGGUCCGGAUGGUGUUUGGAAGAGUUAUAAGACGAUUGGACGAGGAACCGGUGGGCGAGCGUAUGAGGCCGGUAUUGAUUUUUGAGGGCUGGUCGCACGAUGCAUACGUCACGUUUGAGCUGGGUUAAGUAUUUCUUGUGCCGUGCGCUUCAAGUUAUAGAAUGUUGCGGCUUCUAAUUAAUCAUGAUAUCCCUACUACUUUUUUAUAUUCUCUGUACAAUUGGCGGCGGUGCAUGGUUAGGACGCUAUUAGAGUACAGCUACUCUUAGCGGCCUUUAAGCUCGGGCAGUUUGUGGAGGCUCUCCUUUGAGGGAAUAUGUUCUAGUUGGUCUCUAGGCAUCAAGGCACGGCUCGGUGGAUUCUACAAGCAUCCUUAAUAGAACCUAUAUCAAGAAUUGCUUAGAUCAGUUAGAUGUAUAUAUAUAUGUGUGUUGGAAUGUUAAGAUAUAAAAAUCUAUAAGCGUAACUAAAUCUAUGCUUUUAUUAGUACGUACGUACCUACCUACUUUGUCAUCGUCCGGUUAAUGGUUUACGCCAAUAUGAAAUCACUACAUGCUAUGUUAGUUUACGGGGAAGAAUACCUGCCAUGACUUUUGUUAGGAGGGACGAUUUAAG